AUGGACAGUGUCACCUCCACUCAGGCAGGGACCUACAGAUGCUACGGUGGCUUCAACAAAAACUCCUCUAUGUGGUCUCACCCCAGCGACCCAUUGCAACUGAUGGUCAGAGGAACUUAUGACAAACCCUCGCUCUCCAGCAUGAGUGGCACGGUGCUGGCUUCAGGAGACAAUGUGAAGUUACAGUGUUUCUCCAGUUUCAAGUUUGAUGCAUUUAUUUUCAUCAAAGAUGAUACACCUCAGUUUACCCAGAGACAAAGCUCCACAGCUCAGGACAAUGGACAGCAGACCACCUUCCACAUGGACAAUGUCACCUCCACACAGGCAGGGACCUACAGAUGCUACGGUGCCUUCAGCAAAGACCCCUAUGACCCCAGCAACCCAUUGCAGCUUGUGGUCAGAGGUGAGGAAGCUGGUCCAUCCCCAUGUCCCAUUCAGGAGAUGACACUGUCCACUUAG